CAAAUGCGUCGCGCCUCAGUCUGGAUUUUCUUAGCUUACCUGUGUACUCCAUCCUUUGCUCUAUAUCGUAAGGAAAUCUAUAAGGAAGAUCUCCGCAUACAGUCACUUAGAGAUGGGCGGGUAUCGACGACAUUCUCUUUUGUGACUGUUUUAGAGGGUGCAGGUCCACGAAAUCCGAAGGCCUUGGGACAACGAGAUGAAUCCCAACACUACGCCUUGUUCCCACUGACUCUUGGUCAAAUCCUACGCGAGUAUGCGAUCACCGAGCUGCAUCUAACUCUCAAUGCUGGAAAAUGGAAUUAUGAUAACUGGGGACAUCCUCAUGAAGCUGAGGUUGGCACUGGAGCUGAGCUAUGGGCUUGGAUGGGCGCUAGUGAGGUAACGACAGUGGAUGAACGAUGGUCUGGUCUCCGAAACGCACUUUCAGGACUCUUUUGCGCUUCUCUUGGGUCGCUGGAUUCCCGACGAACAUUGUCACCGACGGUCGCCUUCCCUUUAUCCGGGUCUACCCCCACUUUUUCCCCACACGAACUUCGACAUGCCUCACUUCCUUCAGAGAAUGUUUGCACGGAGAAUCUAACACCCUUCUUGAAGUUACUUCCGUGCAAGAGCCAUGCAGGGCUUGCUGCACUUCUCAAUCCUCAGAAGGUUUUUGAUGCGGACUGGCAUGGUAUGGGGGUUCACGUGAUAUGGAAGGAGGACACUGGUAUUGAAUUAAAACUGUCCUUACAAGCGGUAUUCAAUCCAGUGCGAACUAGCGCAGGGAAGAGACGAGACUGGAAUCUUCAAUCACUGUUUGAUCGCUCCAUUGAACGAUCAUGCCCGGUAGCGAGUUCCAGUUCUAUCACCGUUAUUCUACCGGAAGAGAAGGACCACAAAAUCACCCCUGAAAAUCCUGCCUAUGUGGAUGGUUUAGCCAUUUAUGACUUAUCCUCCUCAUCUAAUUUCACAAUUCCGUCCAACAUUGCCAUGUACUGGCCGAGUGAGCAUAGCUUCCAGUAUCCACUGCCACCAUUAACACCGAUCACCCCGCUCAGUGUGAAACGAACAAUUCAUGGUACAACACAAACACGGGGCGUUUUAUCUGUCUCUGUUACCAACAAUUCUCCGCAGGAGAUAUCGGUGGGUUAUUUGGAGAUGAUGCCUGCACUCAUCACGAUGUGGAUGCAUACCCUGAAAGUCGAAAUAAACUCACAGAUACGAAGCGACUUACUUUCAGAGUUAAAAUAUCAUCCACCUUCGCCGCAAUCUAAUGACCGCUUCUCUCCCUCGAUGUUGCAAGCUGUCCUCACGAUUCCACCAAAGACCACGCUCAAAAUUUCUAUGGAAGUCAACAAAGCCUUUUUGAAAUACACCGAACAUCCACCUGAUGCGAUGAGAGGCUGGGAUCUACCAGGGGCUGUGUUUUUCCCACUCUCUCAAUUGUCUCACAACAUCUCUUCAAGUUAUGAUUGGGAGAGGAUUUAUACCCCAACACUCCUUGUCGACCUCCCCACCCCAGAUUUCAGCAUGCCUUACAACGUCAUUAUCCUCAGCUGUACGCUCAUGACAUUGAUUUUCGGAAGCAUCUUCAAUUUGCUGACACGCAAGUGGGUCGUGAUGGAGAUUCAAGAAUAGUUGUGACCGAUGUAAUCCCAUUGUACUAAUUUAGUGCUCAUGCAAACCUGCUGUUCUCUUCCGGGCCAAUCAUCAAUCCGCACCUGUCGACGCAAUCGAUUCGUAUAUAUAUGUAUGUUCCGACGGUAUCUGCCCAAGUGCCCACACUUCGCGACUGGC